AAAAACAAGAUGGAGAAAAAGGGGGAACCUCAGCGUAUAAUCGGGAUGACUGGCGGGCAGGCCACCAACAGCUAUGUGGCGGGGCAGAUUGAAGGGGGAAUGGGCAACACCUAUCAUGCCCCACAGCAACAUGCUGAAAAGACAUUUCACAAUAAUGUGAGCGGAAGUUCAGGGGUGACGACCGUCAAUGAGGUCACAGGGGAUACGGUCAACAUUGGCAGUGGCAGCAAUCCCACCCAACAACCAGCGUCUCAAGCAGCAUCGACAAGUCCAGACAUCGAGCUGAUGACAGUCGAAGACGUUCAGAAUCGGAUGAUAAGAGAACGUUUUCCUGAAUCAGUACGGAAGAAAUUUGAGGAAAACGGCAUUGAUGGCAAAUACUUCGUGAACCUUUUGGAAGACGGCGUUUUGGAUGCGCUAGGUAUUACGUCACCUCUUGAUAAAAUGAAGAUAAAAACAAUUCUGGAAAAAAGUUCGAAAUAAUCCAGUUGACUACUUAAUUGAUGGUCACAUUUCGGGUUGACUCUGUUUAAACUUUUAACAGUGUGCAUGGCAUGAAACAUGAACUCUGAAAGUACCAGAGUAUUAAGUGAUAUUGAAUGUCAUUCAUCACAUCAAAGUAAUAUUUGUUUUAAUCAUACAAAGUAUUAUUAUGCAUCCUAUCAUCAUCAAAUGAUGUUUUGUUUUUAAUAAAAAGUACUCAUUUCUCA